AUCUCUCCCCUCCUCCACAUCUCUCCCCUCCUCCACAUCUCUCUCUCCCCCCCAUCUCCUACUCUCCCCUCAUCUCCUACUCUCCCCUCAUCUCUCACUCUCCCCCAUAUCUCGCUCUCCCUCACCUCUCUCUACCCCACCAUCUCUCUCUUUCUCACCCCACCUCUCUCUCUCUCUUUCCCUAGCUCUCCCUCUCUCUCUCUGCCCCACCCCUCUCUUGGCUCCUUCCCCAAGUCCUGCCCGCCAUGUCAUCUUGCCCACUCAAUCCUCCCAUCAGUUCCUUCCCAGCCUUUCCUUCUCCCUACAUAUUUCCUUCCCAUCUGUAUUCAGCAAAUAGCAGGUUAACAGGUAGAUUUGAGUCUCACCUGUGAGUGUGUGGAGGGUGUGGCAAUAUUAGAACUCUGUUCAGAUCUGACGCAGCACAAGUUGUGGAACUGGACAUCCAUGAAUAUCAGAUUAUGAACGACAAGCCUGUGUUUGAGGAUGAGAACUUAUUGCAAACAGAAAAGGAGAUCCAGGAAGCUGCCAGGAGGAAUGACACAGCAAUGAUUAGGCGACUGAUUUGCAUCAAAGUAAAUGUCAAUGCAAAGAAUAAUGACAAUAGAACAGCACUUCACUGGGCAGUUGCAUGUGGAAAUGAAGAUGCCGUGAAGCUUUUACUGGACCACAAUGCAAAUGUUGACAUUGAGGACAAGUUUGGAAUGACACCAGCCCUGCUUGCAGCUUGGUUUGGCCAUCUUCAACUUUUACGGAUCCUGGUCAAUGCUGGAGCAAAGGUCACCGUCAGGAACUCGAUUGGACAGGGUAUACACCACUGUGCUGCUCACCAGGGACAUCUAGCUAUUAUCCGCUACACAAUAGAGGAGCUACAGGAGGUCCCAUUGGACAAACCAGACCAGACUGGAAAGACACCAUUACUACUGGCAGCAGAAAAUGGCCAGUUGGACGUGGUGACACAUCUUCUUGCCCGAGGCUGUGACCACCAGUUUCAAGACAAGGAAGGAAAUAGCAGCAUUCAUUUGGCAGCGGGUCAGGGCCAUGUGCACGUGCUGGAGAAUCUGAUAGAGGGGAUCUUCUCUGAGAGCAAAAACAAGGCUGGACAGACUGCCCUACAUCUUGCAGCAGAAGCUGGCCAUUUCAACUGUGUAAAAUUGCUGCUUGACAACCAAUGUCAAAUCAACGUGCGUUGCAGUCAAAACCUCAAUGCUCUACACUACGCGGUAAAACAGGGACAUAAAGAUGUCUGUCAUUUAUUGGUGGAAGAAGGGAUCGAUAUGAAUGCAGUAGGUCAGAAUGCCUGCCUCCAUCUUGCAGUGAAACACAAUUUUGCUCAGCUUGUCAGGCUACUGAUAGCUGCUGGAUGUGACAUCAACAUCAGUGAUCAUAAGCAGCAGAGUGCUUUACAUCUGGCAGUGGAGAGGGGACAGUUCGCAAUUGUGGAGAUGCUUCUCAAAGCUAACAUCAAUUUACAGCUUCAGGAUAAGCAGGGGAAAACAGCGCUGGAUCUUGCUGUGCGCAGCCAACAUGCUGUGCUGAUCGACAUGAUUAUAAAAAUGGAGAGGUUCAAUGCAAGGAAUCUGGAUACUUCACAAGUUGCAGCCGAAGGACAGGGUGACACUGUACUGGAUCUCACAUUCAACCAUGUGCAGAAUCUGAGUCAUGUCCGCUCUGUGCUUUGGAACUUGGCCACAAAGCACCUGAAGCCAGGCGAUUGGAAGAAGUUAGCAGAGCACUGGGAUUUUUCCAAGAAACACAUCAAAGCUGUGGAGACUCAGUGGACAGGAAGUAACAGCUAUAAGGAGCAUGGUUACCGAAUGCUGCUAAUCUGGCUUCAUGGGAUUAUCACCUUGGGCAAGCAUCCCAUCAAGGAGCUUUAUGAGAGUCUGGUGAAGAUUGGAAAAGCUGAAGUAGCAGAGAAAAUACGUAGACAGGCAAAUACAGAGAAGGAUUCAUCUCAGAAGUGCGAAGUGAUGUGAGUGAUACUGAAGUCAGAGUUGGAACAGCAUCUAUCACUGAAUAAUGUUCCUUAGCACUGCUUUUCUGAAAUAUCUUUCAAAACAAAUUGAUGUAUAAGUAAAAUAUAUUAAAACAAAGGCAUGUCUUCCACAGUCUUUGGCAGUAAUAGUCUGAUAAAUGAAACCAUUUGAAUUACGUAAGGACAGUGCUGAGGUGAGCAACCUACUGAAUUUGAUUGGGUCUGAUGGGUAUAAUGUUUAUUUUUGAGAGGAAUCAAGUAUUAAAACAUUAUUACGAGCUU